UCAUCCAGACCUUUGGCGAUCUGUCUAUUAAUCUGUGAUAGAGAUAAGCGGGCCUUUCCGCGAUCUGUCAGUUGUAUUAAAAAUGUGAAGUAUUCGCGUGUUUACGCUGCGAGUUCCACGUUGUACGCGCGAUUAAUCGCAACGUCGAGCGCCUGACAGAUCUGUACAUACUUUCCGCAAAGCACGUCGGAGACGCCGAGAAAGGAAAGGGUUAUGAGGCUCCCACGACAUCGCAGUAGUUGCGCUGUUAGACGAUAUUUUUGCAUUAUUAUUUCCGAUAUCAUUUCCAGUGGAGUGGACCAUUAUGGCGGAGAAGUGCAAGGAAUGUGGUUGUAAGUGCGGCACUUGCAACCAAGAAAAUCAACAACAGUGUGACAUGCACUUGCAUGUGGAAAUAGAGAAUUUGCGCCAGCGUUUACUUGAGAGAGAAAACCACAUUGUGACAAUGGAGACACAAUUUUUAAACGAGGCUGAUAAAUUUCCAAAUGGAGAACUGGCUUCCAUGAAAGAAGAAUUGUUAAUAUGGCAAGAAAAAUAUUCACGCCUGCACGAAGCGCACAAGAGAGUUCAAAAGGUCAAUCAAAAUUUGGAGGAUAAACUGCUACGAAUUGUAGACAAAUGUGAGACGGAGAAAGGUGCCUUUACCAAGGACAUAGCAACUCUGUCUCAUAGAUUAGCAGAUGCAAAUUACACAAUUCAUCAAUUAACUCAAGAUAAUGAAAAAUAUAGAAACGAUGUUAGUUUGGCUAUUCAAUUACUACAAUGCAAACCUUCCAAUUUUGUGGGUCAGAAAUAUGAUUCGUUGCCUUCCGAGGUGCAGGCUAAAGUGCGAACAUACGUCGCGCAAAAGCGAUGUUCCACGCAGGAUGUAACGCAGCCGGAUGUAAAGAGCAUCACUGUGCCCAUAUCUACAUUUCCGCCGACAGCUAUGGUGUAUAAUAUUACGAAGCCAACAGUAGAGAAGCAUAGCGAUGACGAUAGCGAUGAAAUCAAGCCACCGAUGGAUAUCGUAUCAGCAGCCAUUAUGGCGAAGGUGCUGGAGGAUCGCGAGAAAGAGAGAACCUUUGCCAAACACUGUGACACAUGCACCUGUCACAGGAGCAUUCUCAUGGUGGAUGCUGAGACACAAACAUGUUUGCCGGAUGUGCUUUCUUUCUCCGAUGGACACGCGCGUAAUGUUGAGAAACAAACUUCAGAAGGUACGGCGAAUGGUGAGAAGCAUCAAAGCAAAGGUAAACUUCAACCGAACCUCGCGUCGCAUGCGAUCUUCUACGAGAUCAAUGAGAACAGUGAUAAGAUCUGCCAUCGUAUGAACGGCGAUUACACUAUAUUUGUUUCCCAAGCUCCGAAUAUUAAAGAGAAGUUUAUCAGCAGGACUAUGCAAGACUGCAUGACGGAGGAGAAUUGUGCCACUACAAAGAAAAACUCAAACAAAAAGAACUCGUCCCAGAGUUACGAGAGUAAGCAUUCGUCGUCGUUUCCAAGAUCGAACGAUCUCAAUAGAAUAAACAUCGACAAGGCGUCCAAACUGCUUAAAGGCAACAACAGGAAGUGUGAUUCUCCGAUUGAUAAUAGAUCCACUGUGAAGUGUUGGAAUAAAGACGAAGGAAACUCUUUUGAUCCUCUCUUCGACCCUGUAUCGACGCGUGCCAAUAAUCAGUUUUCUGGUAAAGAACAGACGCAUAUCGAUAUCAUCAAUGAUAGGCUGUGGAAGAACGAAUGGACGAGAUUGAAGACUUCUGAAGUGAACGUUUCGAUGGAGAAUAAAUGCAAAGCGAAUCACGGUAUCGACCUCGAUAUCAUCAACGAUCGCGAUUGGAAGAACGAUAGAACACCGGAGGCGCGGAAUACAUUCGCACAAUUCACUUUGAUCGAGGUUAAAAGUCCGGACAAUAGCGCAGCAAAUAAUAAUGAUAGCAACCAGACGGAAAUAGCGACUAGUCCGAGCUUCAGCAGCGACAGUAUGGUCAUUUCCAGUUCCGAUCCGUCUAGUAGCUGCAGCGACGUCACGCAAUCGUUGACCGGUGGCACCUUCAACUCGAGUACUAAGUCGAACUCGAGUCGCGUGAUAGGUCCGCGAAAUUGCCUGGUGCGCGUCACGCCUGGUUAAAACAUUUUACUAGACAACGCAGGUCACUUCAAGACUGUGUUGUACAGCAACGGCGCCGGCAAGGCCAGUACUGCUCUGGUGCAUACAAAAAAGGCAUCUCGGGCCGAUUCUGAACACUCGAUGUCUACCAAUAGCGAGGACAAUUCACCGCCAGUGCUGUUACAGGACAAUCAGUUGCAACGAGUAGCCGAAUGGGUCCAGUCGUCCAUUGACGUCAGUCGUCAAUCCACAUGCGUGGAAAAUUCUGCGUCACACGAUAGCAAUAAGAUUAAAUGCGAAGAGAAUACUGCGAGCGAUGUCUAUCCGAACAAUUGUCUGAAGAAGUCUUCGAAGCAAGACGGAAUUUUAGCUUGCAAAAUUCGAGAUGCAUCGAAGAAGUCUUUGAUAAAUAUCGAAGAUGGUAGCGAAAGGAUUAUGGAAAAUGAAUCCAGCAAUAUUAAUAUUUUGUCAAAGUGCAUGGAACAGAAGGAAAGCGAAAAAAAUCUCAUAACUUUUGAGGACGAACAAUCACCGAAGGAGUGUCACAAGAACAAUUUAGAUUAUGAGGUGAAAAUCACGAAGGAGAUGGAGGAGACGUAUCUGAAGCUGGCGGCGAGCUUAGAUCCGGUAGCAUUGAGCCUGUCGAAUACUAGUGAUACCGAAUUGACGAUCGAAAAAUAUAGGAAGGAUUAUAAGAAACUGCACGUGCAAAGAUUUCAAGAUAAAGCAGGCUCGAAAGCUUAAUCUCAGCGAAUUAUUUAUUCAAAGACAAAAUUGACUAUAUCAAGCAGGGAGUUCCUUUAAAGAUAACAGAGCGUUAUUUUUUGUAACUAUUAAAGUAAGGCUGUACCAAAAGAGACGAAUUGCUUAAGAAAAAAAAACUACAUGCCACAACAGGUAAACCGAUUUUAUUUGUGAACGAGAUAAGUU